UGUGCAACUUCCACGUGAGGAGAAACUUGUAUUUUGCACGCAAGAUUGAAGAGCGUGGUGUGGGUCUGAACUCUGAUGGGGUCUUGGAAUCUGAACUUGUUCCAUCUCCAUCCAACUCAUACACAGCACAGCUGCUGACAGCACUGCUUUCUAUUUUACUUUUUUACCCAUUUAGCAAUAGACAAUGGAGAAGAGAGAACAUUGAUUCUCUUUCCUGAUCAGCCUCUUCUGCAACUUUCUCCACCUCACUUUUUCCAUAAUGCCAUCAUUUUGAGUUCUGCUGAAUCUUCUGGUCCAGAAUGUAUUGGCAGUCUUGUUUAGUGAAACAAACUGAUGUUAGAGUUUGGGGUUGAAGAGAUUAAUCAGUUUUUUUUUUUGUAAAUUGCUACAACAAUGAAGGACUACUCAAAGUUGUUUCUGUUGUUUGUUCUGAUCACCACCACCCUGCAAAAUACUCUCCAAUUGACAACUCCAUCAGAUGUUUCUGCAAUCAAUAACUUAUAUGCUGCACUUGGAUCACCUGCUCUUCCUGGAUGGAUUCCCACUGGAGGAGACCCAUGUGAUGAGACUUGGCAAGGAGUUCAAUGUAUCAAUACCGACAUAAUUUCAAUAACUCUUAUUGAUGCUAAUUUAGGUGGAGAGCUGGGUGAUGACCUAGGUUCUUUUUCUUCUAUCAGAUCAAUUGAUUUAAGCAAUAACCACAUUGGGGGAAGCAUUCCAACCAAUCUUCCAGUCACCUUGCAGAACUUCUUUCUUGCAGACAAUCAGUUCACUGGAAGUAUCCCGAUUUCAUUAUCCUAUCUAACUCAACUUUCAGCCAUGUCUCUAAAUAUCAACCAAUUAAGUGGGGAGAUACCUGAUUCUUUUGAAGGGCUUACACUACUAGUCAAUCUGGAUUUAUCCAGCAAUAACUUGAGUGAGCAUCUGCCACCAUCGAUGGAGAGCUUAUCAUCUUUAACUACUCUUAAUCUGCAGAACAAUCAGAUUUCAGGAACUCUAGAUGUUCUACAGGAUCUUCCUCUCCUUACUCUGAAUGUAGAGAAUAACUUAUUCAAUGGACCAGUUCCUGACAAAUUGUCCAGUAUUCCUAAUUUCAGAAUAGAUGGCAAUGCAUUAAACAUCACUUCUCCAUCAUCUCCACUAACAUCCCCAAACGAACCUCCAACAUCAGAACCAUCACUGUCAUUCUGGGGCACACCAUCUUCUGAUUUGACUCCUGAUAAACAAGCCCCUCCGAAGCAGGGUGAGGGACCAAAAACACCAAAGGGAUCAGAUUCCAGAAGUAGUGACAAAAAGAGCCUAACUACCAAAAGGAUUGUUUGGAUAUCAAUUGCAUGUCUGUUGUCGUUUAUAAUUUUGAUAUUGGCAAUUUUACUUUUAGCACCAAUUUGUGGAAAAAGAAGACGAGAUGAUGAGAGGAUUUCGAGACACGGAAUUGCUCCCUAUGUAGGAAGCAGGAAUUCUCCUACAGCUAAUGGAACAGUCAUCCAAGAAAGCUAUAAUUCAGAGAAAGUUCCAAUUCCAAAAGUUGCAGCUGCAAAGUCAAAAGAGGAGGACCCAAUGGUUCAAAGGAGAAUGAGUUGGAUUCCGAAAGUGAAGAAUGAGCAAGAACCAAGUAAUUAUCAUGGAAUUGACAUGAGCAGAUCUGACAUUGAUUCAUUGGCUCCUCCUCCUCCACCACUGCUGAAAGAGGAAAAAACUGAUCCAAGAAGGAUGAGCUGGAAUGCAAAGAUGAGGAAUGAGCCAGAAACAAAUGCACAAAGAAUGAGUACAGUGCCAAAGUCUGAUGAUCACGAAAUCGACAUGACCAUAUUUGACGUUGACUCAUUGGCUCCUCCACUGCCGGUGCCACCUCCUGCCAGAUCUCUGAAGCCCCUGAUUUCUGCGAAGUCCUAUAGUAUUGCAUCUCUUCAGCUAUACACAAAUAGCUUUUCACAAGAAAACCUUAUUGGCGGUGGCAUGUUAGGAAGUGUUUACAGGGCUGAGCUUCCAAGUGGAAAGUUACUUGCUGUCAAGAAGCUGGAUAAAAGAGUGUCCAGUCAACAGAAGGAUGAAGAAUUUAUUGAUCUGGUGAAUAAUAUUGAUAAAUUUCAUCAUGCCAAUGUUGUCAAGCUCACAGGCUACUGUGCAGAGCAUGGAGAGAAGCUACUGAUCUAUGAAUAUUGUGAUUGUGGGACACUGCAAGAUAUUUUACACUCUGAUGAUGAACUAAAGAAGGAGCUAUCAUGGAAUACUCGUAUCAGGAUGGCCCUUGGUGCUGCAAGAGCAUUAGAGUAUCUACACGAGGUCUGUGAGCCACCUGUUAUUCACAGGAACUUCAAGUCUUCCAAUAUUCUUCUUGAUGGUGAGCUUGAUGCGCAUGUCUCUGAUUGUGGUUUUGCUCCUUUGAUUUCUGCAGGUGCUGUGAGACAGGUGUCAGGACAACUUCUUUCAGAUUAUGGUUAUGGUGCCCCGGAGUUUGAAACAGGUGGUGUGUAUACCAUGAAGAGCGAUGUUUACAGUUUUGGUGUUGUAAUGUUAGAGCUUCUAACCGGAAGAAAGUCAUAUGACAGGUCACGAAAUAGGGGGGAACAAUUUUUGGCUAGAUGGGCAACACAUCAGCUUCACGAUAUAGACACAUUGUCGAAAAUGGUUGAUCCUACUUUAAACGGAGAGUACCCAGCUAAAUCACUAUCGCGUUUUGCUGAUAUUAUAUCUCGAUGUAUACAAAUGGAACCUGAGUUUCGGCCACUGAUGUCUGAAGUUGUUCAAGAUAUCAUUGAAAUGAUAAGGAGAGACUUACAAUAAAUAAUAGUAAACAUCAUUAGAAUGAGAAUUUAAACAACUCAUUUUCCUAUUAUUCUAGCACAUUGCUAGUCAUUAUUUUCUGUAUUUAUUUAAGUGUAGCUCUCAAUUGAUCAUUUUUUUUAAUUGAAUUGUUUAUUCUUAAUGGAAAU